AAUCAACUGAAUAGUUUUAUUAAAAGUUUUUUGCUUUUUUUGCCUUUUAUAUGAUAAAACAGUCAACAAGAAAUUACAUGCAUCUGUUUAUAACCUGCCUGGUCAGCUAUGGAUUACAAUUACAUUAUGAAUUGUCUCUUAUCCCUAGUAAAUAGUCAUUGCGAUGAUUAUUAUAAAUUGAAUAAGCCAUUCUGGUCAGCCUUUCGUCUUUAUUUAGUCGUUCCCUAGUCUUACCCUGGUGCACUAUUUAGUGCACUAGUGGUGCCCAAAAUGUCCUGUUAGCCUUGGCAGUACUGUACAUCACAAGUUUAUUGAGAGUUUUCUUUCUAAAGACAAGUCCCCUUUGACCAUGAUCUUUAUUCAAAUAUAUUUAGGUUGGUAUAUCAUUCGGAAGCUCUAAAUACAACCAACGUAGGGAACACGGCGAUUUGUAAGAGGCCUAUUGUUGACAGCAAGUGAAAUUGUGAGAAAUAGUACCGGUGUAAACAAUCAAAAGAAACAGUAACUGUGGGACAGUGUCAGAAACAUUAACUUUGUACACAUUGUAAAAAAACAUUAACUGUAUGAACAUUGUAAGUUACAUUAACUGUGUGAACAUUGUAAGAAACAUUAACUGUGUGAACAUUGUAAGUAACAUCAACUGUGUGAAUAAUGUUAAAAAAAUGACAUGUGUGAACCUUGUAAGAAACAUUACCUGUGUGACAUUGUUAUGAACAUUAACUGUUUGUAAAUUGUAAGAAACAUAAACUAUGUGAACAUUGUAAGAAACAUUAACUAUGUGAACAUUGUAAGAAACAUUAACUAUGUGAACAUUGUAAGAAACAUUACCUGUGUGAACUUUGUAAGAAGCAUAACGUGUGUGAACAUUGUAAGUAACAUUACCCGUGUGAACAUUGUAUCUUGAACAUUGAACCCUGUACUCUGAACAUUGUAACAAACAUUUUCUAUAUGAUCAAUGUUUUUCCAAUAAAAUAUUGAUGCAAAGCAACCGUCGCCAACAAAGAAAGGCUUUGAUCCCUAACAUUAAGUGAAAAAUUAUAUAUUUUGAGAAUGUAAGUGUCUUUUAAGUGUUUUCACUGUAUUGUUUUGUAUGGUAACAAUCAAUAGUAAUUAAACAAAUUUCCGUUAAUCAUUAAUAUCACACUUAAAGCAUGAUGUUUUAAUAGAGUACUUGAAUCACAACACUUGAGACGCAUUGUAUACAUUUAAAUGCUUACAUUUCAUUGUAUUUUACACAUAUUGAAAUUAUUGUCAAUAGGUUAUUAUUAUGACCGAGAGGUGUUCGGAAUGGAUUUACCUUAUGUGUAUAUCUUGUUUGCGCUAAGUUUUACAAGAGCUUCUGUUGUUGUAGGUAGUGAGGCUGCCUGUGGUAACCUGACAUAUCGCGAGCCUGCAAUACAAGGGAGAAAUGUGACGUUUGUAUUCAAACCGGACAGUUACCGAAACGAUACACUACCUAUUUUGAAAAACGACAAAUACAAUAUACACGGUCAAAGGAUCUCAGUCAGUGCUGAUCCCACCAGGAGUGUGUACCUUAUUGUUUUCAACACCUUGGUAGGCGGUAGGAACUAUGCGGGCACGUACUUUUUAGUGGCUCACAAUAAAUGCAGCUCAGAUCGAGUACGCCUAGAUUUAAAAGUUAUUUCAGGUUGCGGAUAUUUGUAUAUUAGGACCAAGGUGGUUACCGUAGGAGGUUAUGUCGAGUUAGGCUACUUUCCCGCUUUUAGCGUAAUACACAAUGAUGAUCUUUAUGUUCGCCAAUUGUAUAACGCCACCUCCUCCUUGGAUAUGAAUUUAUCUUAUGAUGUUUUGUCUGAGAGAGGGGAUCCCAACUGGGAGUUUGUACUUACAAUACACAACGUUAACCGAUGGAUGUCUGGAAACUACAGCGUGAGAUGCAAAGACGGCAAACCUGGUUGGGAAAAGUUUACACAACCCGUUGAACUAAACGUCAUUGGUAAACCGUCGCUUCAUUCCUAUAACCAUACUUCCGAAUGUGAAGAUUGCUUAGUCGGGAUAGACGGUAAAGAUCUGGGCAGUCAUAUUUACUGCCAUACAACCGGCAGAACUGUUCCAACAAUCUAUGUCGGAGAUAGUAAAGUAGCCGUACACAUUGUUAGUUAUAAUACAUACCGUCCAAUUACGUAUGUUGCGAGGAAAGACGACCACAUGAAAAACGUUACAUGCAGCGUCUUCAAUGCAGCUAUGGCAACGCCACUUUACACCAGUUCCAAACUUUAUGUGGCUGUUAAGCCAGACAUUGCAGUUCUCAACGUACCUGCACUAAAGGAAGGGGACCCAGCUAACAUUACAUGCACUUCCAAGGGAGGGAGACCGUCGUCAAAAUUAAGUCUUAUGUUGAAUAAUAUCAACAUAUCUUCAAUAGCGAGCACUACAACCAAUUAUAACGAGAAUUUAGGAACCUAUACCACACAGAUUGGUUUGAACUCAAGUGCUAAAAGAGAGUUGCAUUCUAUGAAAGUAUCAUGCUUCCAACUUACGGACUUUUUUGCGACCUACAUGACCGAAACAAAAACUAUAAAUUGUAAAUACCCUCCUUCAAUGGUAUUAUUAGAGAAACCAUCUUUACCUUCCAAACUGCAAGACAUCUACCAUCUCGUGUUUAGCUGCAAGAUCAAAGACUUUAACGACAACUGUAGUUUAAUUUGGACCUCAAGCAAAUAUUUACACAUAGACGUUAAUCAUUUGGACAGUAAAUCCAUGCUGACAACUGUAAAUGUAUCGGUCACCAAGGAAGAUUUUGGCAAGGUGCUUGUCUGCAGUGCUGUUUGUACCAGCUUUCAACGAAACAUUUCGAGUUCAUCUGCUCUAUUGGUGCCUUAUGUGCCAGUGAUGUCGCUUUCAGUGGAAAAGGUAUUUUUACAAGAAUAUGAGUCAAAGACUGUAACCUGCAGUGUUGAAAGUUAUCCUCUUCCAGACAUUUUAUGGUCAGAUGAAUUUUCAAAACCCCUUCGAAGGUGUCAAAAGAGCGCCACGUGUGCUCUAACUAUUGAACAUAUUUCUAUCGAUGCGCAAAUGAUUUAUAUUUGCGAAGCAUCCUCAGAAUUCGGAAAUACAAGUUCCUCUUUCGUCGCAAUCAGUACAGUAAACCAAGGGAAGGGAUCCAUUACUGAGCCGGUAUCUGGUUUAUUAUUGCCGUGGGUUGCCGUCGCUGUUGGAUUUAUUAUACUUAUUGCAAUAACUGCGGUGAUUGUAGUUGUUCUCAGAAAAAGAUUUCGACAACGGGAAACAUCGAAUGAGCAAAAUUAUCUCAACGUUGUUUACUGCCAAAAUUUGACCACAACCAGGAACGAAAUAACAACCGAAAACACAGCUGAAAAUCCACCAGUAGAAGGUAGAACAGACGAAGUAGUGGAAAAUGAGAACAUCACACCUGAAAUUCAUAACUACGAUGAAAUUGAGAUGGAGAUACACACAUACGAAGCAUGUAAGAAUUCGGGAGAAACCGAGCAUCCAUAUGGGCAUUUAGAAUGCCUAGAGUGAAUCGCACUGCUAAACUUUCUUUCUACACAGCAGCGCAUAAAUAUAAGAAAUAAAACAUUAAUAAUUCAACUUCCAAGUGAAAUAUGAUUUCAUAAGAUCUAUACAUAUUUUAUAUAUGAGUUAUAAUUUCAUAUCGUUUUAAUGAGUUCUUAUUUACGGUUGCAUGCUCUACAGUCCGCUAUCAGGUUUUAAUUGUUCAUGGAUAUUCGUCUGAUUUCUUAAAUAAUAUCACACAAAAAAUGUAAAAGACAUCUCUAUAACCAUCGCACUGUUAGAUUUGCGAAAGACAAUUGUGUUACUGCAUCAACUUGAGACAAACUUGAUUCCUUUGUAGUUCUUUCAGUUGAUUGGUUA